UGGGAACUCAAGAUGGCCAAAAACCGUCACCAGUUCUGAUUUAUAUAGACUUUACUUCAAGGGUUUGAUAAGGGAGGAAACAAGAGGGUUUGUGGCAGGAUUUGGUGUUGCAAUUUGCGGCCAAGAGGACAAUCUCUUGUUUCAAGUGAAAAGUUCACUUCAUGACUCCGCAAUUACAGUUUUGGAGGCUGAACUUAUGGCAUUGAAGCUAGGACUAACUGAAGCCGUGAGUUUGGGGAUCACUCAUAUCUCAAUCUACUGCGAUCAUUUUCAGAUUUUUGAACUGGUUAUGUGGAGAUCAGUGCCUGAUAAAGAUAGCAUUGCAAUGAUAAUGUAUGAUGUGCAACGCAUAAGACAACAAUUGACAUCAAGCACACCUCUUCUGGUGACUGGAAAUCAAACUAAUAAGUUAGCUUAUGAACUUGCACUAGAAACACUAGUUUCAGAAAUCAGCAUAAGUAUCGAAGAGAAAGCUCUAACAUGUGACAAAAAUUAA